GAGGGGAUUGUCAUAUGCAAAAGCAGAAGCCGAGGGAAAACAGCAUGCGAUUUCCCCAAAAACCCCAAAACUCCAAGUUUUUGCUGCACAGAGCAGAAGCACUUGUACCUGUACAUGUACCUGUACUCUCCCACUCUCCAUAAUCUUUAGCCCAUGUCCCACCUCCACAUAUUAGCGGCCUCCACCAAGACACCAGGGGGAGAGGCACAUUCAACCGGAGCCAAAGAGAGAAAAAAAGAAAAGGUUGUGCCAGCAAGGCCAGAUUCGGUUCUAGCGGCCAGCCCUUGUGCCAGGACUAGCACCGAACGUGCUGGGCGCAGAUCAGCGAUCGGCACUGCGCACUGCCGGAAUCAAACAAGGUCGCAGCGGGGAUGGGGACAGGCGCUUAGACUGCUUCUGGGCAUUUGACCGUUCCGUGGGUUUUUCUUUUCUUUGUGGUAUGUCGCCGCGUGCCCCAGAUUUGAGAAGGAGGGAAAAUUUGAGAUGGGAAAAAGGAGAGGGAUGACAUUAUGAUGACGAGGGCUGUGUGGGAUAAAUCUUGAUUUCUGAUCGCUGUGGUUGUUGAUGGUAUUGGAUUUUGAUGCACUGCAUACAUAGGUACCCAACUAUCAAACGUGUGGCACAUGUGCGCUCAAGCCGAGGCAUCUAUACCGCUGCUUGGCAGAGGAUUAGCAGCGGACUCCAGCCAACGGGCCAAGCAGAUAGACGAGAUCGCUUGGUUGGUGCCCUGCCCAAGUUAGGCAAUUCCCAGUUCAGCCACAUCCGCAGACAAACGAGCGAUGAAGAUAUUGCACGGAGCAGCCUCAACCCCUUGGAUGGACAUUAGUCUACUACCCAGUUGCUUUAAUAGGCACAGCAUAGACCUCAAUACUAUCGGCAAGCCUGGUGUCUAUAAUCGUCAGGAGAUGGCUGCUCCAGAAUAACAAACGACUAGCCAAAAGAAGCAAAACCGUAGAAGUCGCUUAGAGAAGAGAUGAACUUCUCUCGUUGGCUGAGUGAGCCCGGAAAAACAGCCACGGUACUUAAUUUCAAAGUGAAAAAAACCGUCAGUGACAUUACCCAUGUUUGUUGGGUGCCUGCAGCCCCUAACUAAAUACACCGAGCCCUAAAAAGCAUCCAAAUCCCAAAUGAAGUUGUCCUGUAUGUACAUGUACUCGUUUGCGCCAAGAGCCCGUCGACCAACAACCAACAUGCAGCAGUAGUCUCAUUAAAACAUGCCGAGCCCAUAUUGCCCGUCUGCAGGAACAGACCAAUGCCCGUAGCCUGUAAGAAAUCCUUCGGCCAAAUAAGAAAGAAAAAAUAAGAUUAGUCGUCGGCCUUUUUUUUCCCUUCUAGAACAAUAUAA